GCACCUUAAGUCCACAUAAACAUGGCGUUGGAACCGUCCGAUCAAUUCUACGGCGGAUCUCUGAUAUCAGAUAUGGCCGGACGCGGAUUUCCUGUGCCACCGGAGGUUCCUGUAGUGGGAAGCUCUGUGGGUCUAGAGAUAUUCCUGUGACAAAUCCACUCCGUCCAUCAGUUUUACGAGGCCACAAUAGGAUAAGAAUCUGAAAAUAACAUAGACCCAACACUAAUGUGGACCACACCACUCGAAACUUUUUUAGAGCCACAGAAGUUUUGUAUCAGGAUGAUAUCUGUGCCUACGGUUUAUCUGAGUGGUAAUAGUAUAUAAACACCGUAGUCAGCUCUGGGAAUUUCGUUUGGUGUGGUCCAAGAUCUGUCUGAUUUUUUUCUUGGCAUUGAAAAUUUGAUGGACGGAGUAGAUUUGUCACGGGUAUUUCUGUGGGGGGCACACAGAUUCCGCAUACAGGAAGUUCCUGUGACCGGGAGCACAGGCGAUCCGCGUCCGAUAUGGGCUACGUCGCUCAUGUCAGCAUUUCCAGCCGGCGCAUCCGCGCACGCGGCGGAGACACGUAGCACCCGAACGGCAGACCGUGCCACGUGCUAGCACACCGAUGCUGUCAUACGGAGAAAAACCGAGUAUUUGAGACAGGACUCCUCGCCCUGUAACAAACUCUCGUCGUCGACUCUGUCAGUCUCUCUCUCUCGCUUGCUCUGUGAUUUCUCAAUGGAGGAGAGACCUGACGGAAACCGUCAGCCCUCCGUCGAUUCCGUCACGGAGCCAACGGUCUUCCGCCGGACGGACUAUUCCCUCUUCCACACCAUCGUGGCGCUCGCCGUCUGGCUCGGCGCCAUCCACUUCAACGUGGCGUUACUACUAACGGCGAUUCUCCUUCUUCCCAUCCGCUUAGCAAUGACGGUUUUCGGAUUGUUGAUAUGUUUUAUGGUGAUUCCUUUGAACUAUAAAAGCAAAUGGGGGCAGAAAUUAUCAAGGUACAUUUGUAAAUAUGCAUGUGGGUAUUUCCCGAUCACCCUCCACGUGGAGGAUAUACAGGCCUUUGACUCGAAUCAAGCUUAUGUCUUCGGGUUUGAACCACAUUCAAUUUUACCAAUUGGCAUUGUUGCUCUAGCUAACUUUACGGGUUUCAUGCCUCUUCCUAAGAUCAAAGUCCUGGCAAGCAGUGCUGUGUUUUACACACCACUGCUAAGGCAAAUAUGGACAUGGAUGGGGAUUAUACCUGCAACAAAGAAGAACUUCAUUUCAUAUUUGGAAGCUGGUUACAGUUGCAUCGUAGUGCCAGGUGGUGCUCGGGAAAUUGUUCAUAUGGAGCAUGGUUCUGAGGUCCCAAAACUCCCUAGUCCUUGGAAGUUCACAUAUCUCCGUAUGCAGUUUGGUAGAACUUUCCAAACUUGUGCUGCAGUUGCCUUCCUGAAAUCAAGAAAGGGAUUCAUACGCAUAGCCAUGCAGAUGGGCAAGCCUCUAGUUCCAGUAUUCAGCUUUGGUCAGAGUAAUGUUUACAGGUGGUGGAAGCCCAGAUGCAGUGGGACAUUGUAUGCCGGCAUUGCUAAAGUAAUGAAGUUCACUCCAAUUCUCUUUUGGGGAAUGUUUGGGAGGGCCAAAACUUCGACAGAGCACCGCGCACAGACCGCUCGUCGGAUCGCCACGAAACUUGGAGAUUUUGAAGCCCCCCUGGCCGACCAGAGCCAAGGAGGCAGUUUUGGGAUUCAAGCUCCCGUCGCAUGUGUGGCUAGCCUCCUGCGCACAUGCGUCAGGCCCAGGCAGUAGUCCGCACGCAGGAACUGUCGUUUGGUUCAGAUCACCUUUACCCUAUCGACAACCUAUGCAUGUUGUGGUGGGUAGACCGAUCGAGCUUAAGAAAAAUCCACAGCCCACAAUGGAA